GAAGAAGAAAAGUUGACAGUGCCUGAAGGUUGGAAACCGGAGAAGUUUAACAAAGAAGACUAUCCCCAUGGUCUGGUGGACACGAGUUCAUUUGCCUUUUUGUUUCCAAAAUAUAGAGAGAAGUACCUGAAAGAGAACUGGCCUCUCGUCAAAGAGAAACUCUCCAGUCAUGACAUCAGGGCCGACCUGGACCUAAUCGAGGGCACCAUGAAAGUUUCAACUACCAAAAAAACUCGGGACCCAUAUAUCAUCAUCAAAGCUAGAGAUUUUAUAAGGCUCGUGGCCAGGAGUGUACCGGUAGAACAGGCAAGUCGUGUACUGGAGGAUGACAUUGAGAGUGAAAUAAUCCGAAUAAAAACGAUGGUCCGAAAUAAAGAAAGAUUUGCCAAAAGAAGGCAGAGAUUAGUCGGGCCGAAUGGAUCAACACUCAAGGCCAUAGAGCUUCUAACAGAAUGCUACGUCAUGGUACAAGGUAGUACAGUUGCUGCUAUUGGGCCAAUGAAAGGACUGAAAGAGGUCCGUAAGAUUGUAGUCGAGACCAUGAAGAAUGUACACCCGAUAUAUAACAUUAAAAUCUUAAUGAUAAAGAAAGAACUAGCAAAGGACCCCGCCCUGAAGAACGAAUCGUGGGAUCGGUUUCUACCAAAAUUUAAAACCAAAAAUGUAAAAACCAAAAAACCUAAAAAAAUCAAACCAAAGAAAGAAUAUACGCCAUUCCCGCCACCCCAAACCGAACGAAAAGUUGAUAAAGAGCUGGAAACAGGAGAAUACUUCCAAAAACAGAAAGAAAGAAAGAAGGCUAAAAACGAAAGCAAAAUGGAAAAACAGCAGGAGAAUGUAAGAAAGAAAAAAGAGAAACGAAUGAAGGCAUUUAUCCCACCUAAAGAACCAGUUCGGCCUAAGAAUGAUUAA